AUGGAGAAGCAGCCCUUCAAAAAACUGAAACUGGAAGCUGAACGACUUCGAGCCGAAAAGGAACACAAUAUCAUCGUCUCUGCUCUUACUCACGUAAUCACAGGCGACUUUCAAAGUAUCAACAACCAUGAACAAUUAUACACAAUGUUACCACUGCCGCCGGAUGGUGACACUUGUCAGGUAUGCAAAAUCAAGGGCUGUUUAGGCUGCAAUCUCUUCCCCUCUGCUGAAGACGAUGGAAAUGUUGUAAAAGAGGACACAAAUGAGAAGAAGAGGAUCAAGUACAGAGGUGUUAGAGAGAGGCCAUCGGGCAAAUGGGCAUCUGAGAUUUGGGAUCCAUCACGAAGAGAAAAAGUGUGGCUUGGCACGUUCGAGACGAAGGAGGCUGCUGCCAGGGCUCAUGAUAAGGCAGCCAUUGAAUUUCGUCACUUGCGUGGACUUAAAACCAAGCUUAAUUUUCCGUUUUCCGACUACAAUGCCACUUACAGGCACCAUGGGAAUGGAAACGGAGAGCAUUAA